AUGCGUUUCACUGCUGCCUCCAUUGCUCUCUUCGCCGGCCUGGCCGUUGCUGCCCCCGAGGGUAUUCACACCGUCUACCAGACCGAGGACGUGACCAUCACCUCUUGCGCUCCCGAUGUCACCGACUGCCCUGGCCGUCAGCCCCAGACCUCCACCCCCGAGGGUGUUGAGCCCGUGACCUCCCCUGCCGCUCCCCCCGUGGCCACCACCGAGGCUACUCAGGUUCCUCAGCCUACCACUGAGGCCCCCGAGGCUCCCCAGCCCACCACCGAGGCUUCUGAGGUCCCUCAGCCCACCACCGAGGCUGGUGUUGAGCCCACCACCGCUCCCGCCGGUGUCCCUACUCAGCCCGCCGGCCAGCCCAGCCAGCCCGCCCCCGGCACCAGCAACCCCGUCGUGCCCCCUCCUGCUCCCUCCAGCAGCUCCCCCGUUGUCCCCGGCAACCCCGGUGUCCCUAGCGGCCCUGCUGGCGGCAGCACCACCUCCGUCGUGGCUGUCACCACCUGCGUGCCCACCGUCACCUACUCCACCAUCACCGUUCCCUCCGGUGUUGCUCCCACGGGCCAGGCUCCCAAGCCCUCCAACCCCGUCAUCCCCACCCCCGGUGCUCCCGGCUCUCCCGGUAACGGUGCUGGCGUUGGCCCCAGCGGAAGCGCUACCCCCUCCACCUCCGCUCCUGGUGCUCUCUUCACCGGUGCUGCCAACACCGUCAGCAACUCCUUCGGCUUCGCCGGUGCCGCUGCUGCCGCCGCUUUCUUCCUGGCUUAA